UAAGUAUUUUUUGUUAUCAAAAACAGAUUUAUCCACAAAAUGUGUUAAUUAUAAGCAAGUGUAGCAUGUCUCUAACUAAAUCAAUGAAAAAUAUUUCCAAAAAAAUUGGUUUUUCCCAAAAUAUUCAAGAAAAAGAGUGUGUCGGAAAUCAGAACGAAAAAAAAGUGACGAUGUGCAGUGUCCGACAAUAGUGUUUUGAACUCAAUGAAUCUAAUAUAAUCUUCAAAAAAAUGACCAACUUCUACGGAUUUAUAACAUUCGCUCUAACAUUUUAGGACAAAAAUGUCUGGUAAUCGCAGUUACACCGAUCAAGAUGUUCACCGCGCUCUCGAAGAAAUUCUCAAUGGAGCAUCGAUAUCAGAAAGUGCUCGAAAGUUCGGAAUCCCACGAUCAACACUGUCAGAGAAGCGCAGUGGACAUCUUCCGACUGAACAUAAGAUGGGGCCUCCAACAAUUUUGAGCCCAGACGAAGAAUCUCUGCUUGAAAAAUGGAUUUUUCAUGUUGGUACAGCUGGAUUUCCGGUUACGAAAGACCAGCUGCUGGACAGUGUUCAGAAGCUCCUGAAUCAUUCCAAAAGAAAAACAAUUUUCACCGACAAUCGUCCUGGCAGAAAGUGGUACGAAGCGUUUACGAGACGUCAUCCAUUAAUUAUCGAAAAGCAAUGCCAGAAUUUAACUGCUGCUCGAGCAAGUGUCACCGAGGAAGGGUUACGUUCUUGGUUUGAAGAGGUCCGUCAAUACCUUGCGAAUACAGGGAACGUUGACAUUUUGAAUGAUCCCAAGCGAAUCUUUAAUAUGGACGAAUCUGGAUUUUUCUUGAACCCGAAACCAGGAAAGGUUUUAGUUCGAAAAGGUCAACGACGGGUUUACAUGAAGAUACAAGGAGACGAGAAAGAAAUGAUCACCGUUCUGAUCGGUGGCAAUGCUAGCGGCGUAAAAACUCCACCGUUGGUCAUGUUCCCUUAUCAGCGGCUACCUGCCAACAUCGUGAACGACAUGCCAGACAACUGGGCGUUUGGUAGAUCUUUAAACGGUUGGAUGACGGCUGAAUCGUUUUAUGAAUAUGUCACCAACUGUUUCUAUCCGUGGCUGGUUGAGAGCAGCAUCGUGUUGCCGAUCGUUCUGUUCGUGGAUGGACAUUCGUCGCAUAUUACAUACCAUCUGAGCGAGUUUUGUCGUGAGAAAAAAAUUAUUCUCAUUGCACUCCAUCCGAAUGCCACUCAUUUGCUGCAGCCAAUGGACGUGUCAGUAUUUCACUCUUUGAAGUGUCACUGGCUAAAAGCCGCUUUGAACUAUCCGAAAAACAAUAAUGGUGCGAGAAUAACUCGUGAAAAAUUUUCUAAAGUCUUGCAACAGGUAAGCGAAUUGCGUAAUAAUUUGAUAAGGCGAUCCAAGCUUUAUUUAUAGUGAAGUUGGAUGGUGGAUUUGUGAAGUACUAAAGUACAUUGACAAUUUAUCCGAAACACGUCUGUAACGUCAAAUAUUUUUGUUUUGAUUUCUAGGUACUCGACAAU